AUGCCCUCCCGGCCGGACUGGCCCCCGGUGCCCGGCGCGUUCCGGCCCUCGCCCUUCCCGCACCCGGCGCUGCACGCCCUGCACGCCCUGGCCCGCGCGCUGCUCUUCCCCGCCUACUGGGCCCUGGACCAGCUGCUGGGGUGCUGGGCCCCCAGGGCGCGCCCCAGCUUGCUGACGGCGCUGCGCGUGGCCGUGUGGGCAGGGGCGGCGCUGCUGCUGCUGCUGCUCGGCCUGCCGCUGGCGCUGCCGGGCCUGCUGCUCUGGCUGCCGCUGCAGGCCUGGCGCCGCCCCUUCUGCUACCAGCCCCCUCCGCAGGGCUGGGCGCCCCCCGCGCCCUGGCGCCCCCCGGCGGAGCCCGCGCGCUGCUUCGGCUUCCUCAGCGCCAACCUGUGCCUGCUCCCUGACGGGCUGGCGCGCUUCAGCAACCUGCGGCACACCCAGCGGCGCGCCGACGCCGCGGGCGCCCUGCUGCUGGCCGGCCUGCGCGCCGCGCCCUCGCGCUAUGGGGCCACGGACUGCAGCCCGCCCCCCGAGCCCGGCGCGCCCAGCGGGGUGCUGACGGCCGCCCUGCCGCCCGCCCUGGACUUCGUGUGCCUGCAGGAGGUGUUCGACCUGCGCGCGGCGCGGCCCCUGGUGAGCCGCCUGGCCCCCCACCUGGGCCCCGUGCUGCAUGACGUGGGCACGUUCGGCCUGCAGCCCGGGCCGCACCUCAAGCUUCUGGGCAGCGGGCUGCUGCUGGCCUCGCGCUACCCGCUGCUGCGCGCCGCCUUCCGGGCCUUCCCCCAGGCCCGCCGCGAGGACGCGCUGGCCUCCAAGGGCCUUCUCUCCGCACAGGCGCAGGUGGGCAUCCUGAACGGGCGCCGCGUCGUGGGCUUCCUGCACUGCACGCACUUGCAUGCCCCGAGUGGGGAUGGACAUCUGCGCUGCAAACAGCUGACGCUGCUGCUGAACUGGGCCGAGCAGUUUGAGGCCGAGAGCCGCUCCAGCGACGAAGCCGUGGCCUUCAGCGUGCUCCUGGGGGACCUCAACUUUGACAACUGCUGCCUCAACGACGCGCGGGAGCAGGAGCACCAGCUCUUCAGCCGCUUCCGGGACCCCUGCCGGCUGGACACCCGCCGGGACCAGCCCUGGGCCCUGGGAACGAUGCUGUGCAAGUCCAGGCUCCGCCACUCGGUGGCCUGCUCCCCGGAGAUGCUGCGGAGGGCCCUGGAGCAGGAGCGAGGCCGCCACCGCUACCUGGCAGGCCCUCCGCAGGGGGGGCGCCGGGCUAAGCCCUGGCGGGGCCGGCGCCUGGAUUACAUCACCUACCGGGGGGUGCCCGGAGGCCCGCUGAGCCCAGAGGUCGAGCAGGUGGCAUUCAGCACCGCCCUGGCCGGCCUCACUGACCACCUGGCCCUGGGACUUCGGCUCCGGGUUUCCGCGCACGGAGACGCGCAGGAAACCGCGGCGAGGCCCGGGGCGAAGGCGGGCACGGAGGCCAAGCGCGAUUCGGCCAAGAGGGAGCCGGGCGGGCCGCAGCCGCGGAAGCAGAGCGUCUGA